AUGGGAAAAUCGACUGCUUCUCUCUCUCGAUUCGGCAAAACGGUGGCCGAUUUAAGUGAGCCGACGGAAAGGGAUGGGUCGCGGGAGGAUACCGGAGCUGCUGGCAAACAGAGAUUUAAGAUAAUGGAGAAUCCGACGACCAUAGACAGAGAGAGGGAGACGGCGGAGAAGUUCCACAACACCGACGAAGGCGAGAUAUCGGAGCUGCUUACUAAGAUCGAAGCACUAAAGAGCGAGAAGCUGCAAUUGAGCCACGAAAACGAAGGAAUGGAGGAGCAGGUGAACAAACUGAAUCAAAAAGUGGAUCAUCUGCACGCCAUGGAAGAAGAGACGGACGAAUGGGAAGACGAAGAUUCGAGUUUCCUCGAUUCGAUCGCCGAGAGAUCGGCGGAUCUCGAGAUCGAAGUCAAUAGGCUCCAACACGAUCUCAUAUCGUCGACGCGCGAAGUAGGCGAAGCGAAGCGCGAGGUGAUCGGGUUAAAGACGGGAUUGGAAGAGAAAGCUUUGGUGAUCGAAAGAUUACGAUCGGAAAUCGCGGAGUUCAGAAAAGAGAAAGUCAAGGUGGAGAAGAAAGGGAGGGAACUGGAAACGAAGAUCAGGAUUCUAGAAAUUAGGUUCAAGGAGGAGAAGGGAAAGAAAACUCGAGUGCAAGACGAAAUGAAGGAGAGAAUACGUGAGUUCAGGAAGAAGAUUCAAUACCUCGAAGACGAGGUGGCGGAAGCCGGCGAUGAAUUGAGAAGGAGCAAGCGAGUAAGACGACAGUGCCAGAAGAAGGUGAUGGGGUUGGAGGAGAAGAUGUUGGAAUUUAAAGAUACGGUGGACGAGAAGACAAUCGAAGCUGCUAUGAGCAGAAAGGUUGAUAUUGAUUGCCAAGAUAAAGGGGUGAAUGUGCCGAUCGUGGCGGCCGGAACGGUUGCCGCCAUCGUUGUUGCGGCUGCUAUGGGAAAUCGUUGUCUUAGGAAGCAGUCGUGA